UCGUAGAUAAUGGAUUCCUCGAUUUCAGAUUCUCAGUAACGAUUCAUCUUUGAUUUGUUCUUUUUCUGUAUACAAAGUUUGAUUGAAGAAGCUCUGACAUGAGUUCUUCAGAUUGGAGCUGCACAAGAGAAAGAACUAGUAGAGACAAAGCUCAUUAAGAAGACUUCUUUUGAUUUAGACUAUGUUGAUUCUCUUCGCUUCAUCUUCUGUUUGUGGAUCAUUUCCGAGAGCUAGGGUUUUUUGGCCUUCGUUUUCUUCUUCCAAGGAUAGUGCAAUUUCUUGUUCGUUUCCUUUCCGGUCCAUUGCUCGUUUGUGUGUGGUGUCUUCGUCCAAGAUUAGAAGUAUGGAGGGAUUGGUGAAAGAUAAAGAAUCCAAGGGUGGGAGUGAUACGAGUCUGUCCGGAACUGCAGAGGUUCUUGCCUCGGCUUCAGGGGCUGAGAAGAAAGUCAGCCACUCUCGGAUAUUUAGUGAUAUUCAUAGGAAAGAAGAUCUGCUCUUAGGAAUUCAAAAGGAAAAGGAAGCUGGAAAGCUGCCUCCAAAUGUUGCUGCCGGGUUGGAAGAACUAUAUCAGAAUUAUCGAAAUGCGGUCAUUCAAAGUGGAAAUCCUAGAGCAGAUGAUAUCGUAUUGUCCAACAUGGCUGUUGCAUUUGAUCGCAUUUUGUUGGACGUAGAGGAAUCAUUUACGUUCUCACCUCAUCACAAAGCAAUACGAGAGCCUUUUGAUUACUACAUGUUUGGUCAAAAGUAUAUCCGUCCAUUGAUUGAUUUCAGAAGAUCUUAUAUCGGCAACAUCUCUGUCUUCUAUGACAUGGAAGAAAAGCUUAAGCAGGGCCACAAUGUUAUCUUGAUAUCCAAUCACCAGACAGAAGCAGAUCCAGCUGUCAUUGCAUUGUUGCUUGAAACGACAAACCCACAUAUCGCUGAGAACAUAACCUAUGUAGCUGGAGAUAGAGUCGUGACAGAUCCUCUUUGCAAGCCCUUCAGCAUGGGAAGGAACCUUAUUUGUGUCUAUUCAAAAAAGCACAUGUGUGAUGUUCCUGAGCUUGCUGAGAUGAAAAGGAAAGCCAACAUCCAAAGUUUGAAGGAGAUGGCUGUGCUUCUAAGGGGUGGAUCACAGAUAAUCUGGAUUGCACCAAGUGGUGGUAGAGACCGACCAGAUCCUCUUACUGGAGAUUGGUACCCGGCACCAUUCGAUGUUUCUUCUAUAGACAAUAUGAGAAGGCUUGCGGAUCAUUCAGGAGUUCCUGGGCAUAUCUAUCCUUUGGCAUUGAUAUGCUAUGAUAUCAUGCCCCCGCCAACCCAGGUCCAGAAAGAAAUUGGAGAGCAAAGAAUGAUCUCGUUUCAUGGGGUUGGGUUAUCGGUGGCUCCAGAAAUCAACUUCAAUGGAAUUGCUGCUGUCCAUGAAAACCCAGAUGAGGUUGGUUCCAUAAAAUAUUUUGCUCAUGCUAAGGUCGCCUUUUCACAGGCUUUGUAUAAUUCAGUUGUGGAGCAGUACAAUGUGCUCAAAUCUGCCAUACAUGGCAAUCAAGGACUGAUGGCAUCAAACUCAGCAAUCACAUUGUCACAACCAUGGCAAUAGUUGGCUACUGCCACUUACUUGCUUCAAUUAUCAGACUUCAACAAAUUUUUGUUGGCACCUGUUGUAUAAUAAUAUCAUUGGCUGAUUAAGGCUGUACAUUGCUUUGUCCAUCAAGAUGGCUUUUCAUUCAGAUGGCACCUAUAUUCACCAAAGCCCAAUCCCGACUCCCAGGGAAGGAAAUUACUAGGAAAUGAAGCCGCUACGAGUCUGCUGUGGCUGUAUAUCUACCACAGAUAAUUCUUCAAUUUUUUUUCUGAACAGUGAAGACACACAUUGUUGAUGUUCAUUUGCCCAUGUAUAUCUUUCAAAAUCGCAUCAAUACAUGUGUAAUUUAUUUCUUGUCA